AGAACAGAUUUUUAGUCUAUAUACAGUGCCUGCCUGAAGUCUUGUUAUCAUAUACAGCUGUGUUUAGAUUGUUUCUCUUUUACCAGCUCAGCUAUCAGCUUUGUUGUCGUUAAUCAUUAAGAGAACACAAGCAUUGGUAGCCUACAGAUUCGAAUUCCCAUCACAUACUUAUUAUUCACUCGCUCGUAUAUAUCGAAUUUGCAUACCAAACAUGGGCAAUUUGUCGUUUCUCAUCACGGAUCUCAUUAUUUUGACGUUGCAAUUCACAUGCAUAAUAUCCAAUGGAUUUGUUCUUUUCAUGUACCUCAGGGUGAAACGACUCCGCAAAAAUCUCGCCUUGCGAAUGGUAGUGUUCCUCUCUGUUACUGACACGAUGCUUGCUGUUACUGGUAAGUAUCAGUAUUUCAUAAAUGUUGCUGUUCCGCAAUCUCUGCGACAGUAA